AGCAAGGCCCUGCUCUCUUCUGCAGAUAACUACUCUCCUUUAGAGAGACAGCUCUGGACCUGUUACUGGGCUUUGGUGGAAACUGAACAUUUGACUAUGGGUCGUCAAGUCACCAUGCGACCUGAAUGGCUAUCAGGAACUGGGUGCUUUCUGGCCCAUCUAGCCAUAAAGUGGGUCAUACACAGCAGCAUUCUAUCAUCAAAUGGAAGUGGUAUAUACGUGAUUGGGCUUGAGCAGGUCCCAUAUUCACAAGUAAGUUACAUGAGGAAGUGGCUCCAAUGCCCAUGGUCUCCACUUCUGCCACCCUGCCUGCACCGGUGGCCUCAUGGGGAGUUCCCUAAGAUCAGUUGACAGAAGAGAAGACUAGGGCCUGGUUCACAGAUGGUUCUGCACAAUAUGCAGGCACCACUCGAAAGUGGACAGCUGCAGCACUAUAGCCCCUUUCUAGGAAAUCCCUGAAGGGUAGCAGUGAAGGGAAAUCUUCCCAGUGGGCAGAAGUUCUAGCAGUACACCUGGUUGUACACUUUGCAUGGAAGGAGAAAUGGCCAGAUGUGCGAUUAUAUACUGACUCAUGGGCUGUAGCCAAUGGUUUGGCUGGAUGGUCAGGGACUUGGAAGAAGCAUGAUUGGAAAAUUGGUGACAAAGAAAUUUGGGGAAGAGAUGUGGAUGGACCUCUCUGAGUGGUCAAAAACUGUGAAGAUAUUUGUAUCCCAUGUGAGUGCUCAACAACGGAUGAUCUCAGCAGAGGAGGAUUUUAAUAAUCAAGUGGAUAGGAUGACCUGUUCUGCAGACACCACUCAGCCUCCAUCCCCAGCCACCCCAGUCUUCGCCCAAUGGGCCCAUAAACAAAGUGGUCAUGGUGGCAGGGAUGGAGGUUACGCAUGGGCUCAGCAACAUGGACUUCCACUCACCAAGGCCGACCUGGCUACAGCCACUGCUGAGUGCCCAGUUUGCCAGCAGCAGAGACCAACACUGAGCCCUCAAUAUGGCACCAAUCCUCAGGGUGAUCAGCCAGCUACCUGGUGGCAGGUUGAUUUUAUUGGACUUCUUACAUCAUGGAAAUGGCAGAGGUUUGUCCUCACUGGAAUAGACACUUACUCUGGAUUUGGGUUUGCCUAUCCUGCACGCAAUGCUUCUGCCAAGACUACCAUCCAUGGACUCAGGGAAUGCCUUAUGCGCCAUCAUGGUAUUCCACACAGCAUUGUCUCUGACCAAGGCAAUCACUUUAUGGCUAAAGAAGUGCAGUAG